CUUAUCCGCAGAGAUCCCCCUUCGAAUCGAAACCCUUGAGCUUUUUUUUUUUUCGCUUAAACCAAAUUCUUUUCGCAUCCCCAAUCCCACCACGCCUACCCUAAACCCACGGCGAUCUCCUCCUAUAUUUCCUCCGGUCGCAGGCGAUUCCACCGGCGACGCACCGCGAGAUCGCAUUUUCGUUGGUUUUGUUUUAUUUGUGGCAAUUUGGGGAAGUGAUGGGCGGCGGGAACCGCAUCUCCGGUGGCGGCGGCGGCGGAUUCUUGAAGCCGCUUGCCGGCGUGUCGUUCGCGUUUAUGCCCGGGGUGGGCGCGUUCUACUUCCUGGUUGGGUCGGUGCUUGGGUUCUUGGCGAUGGUGUACUCGUCCGAGUCCGACGAGGCCGGCGGCGACUGGGCCUCCGCGGAGCGCUGGGUUGCGCUGGCGAGGUCGGUGAGCGCCCCCCAGAUGUUUGUUGGAAUUCCCCUCCUGCUCCUGGCGACGGGGGUCUGGCGCCUCGGCAAGCGGUGCGAGGCCGUGGAGGGGCUCGUCGGGAACGCGGACGCCACGGUGCAGGCAUUGCGCGUCGGCGGCGUCGUCUGCGCCGUGUGCGGGACGAAGAUACUGGCCCUGAAGAAGAAAGGCGGCCUGCCCCCGUCCCCGACCCCGUCCCCGGCCCGCUCCAAGGGGAGCUGCUCCGACAAGCCGGUCGCGAGGUCGCUGGCCGCCGAGCUGGAGCAGGAGGCCAACGCGGAGGAAGACGAGUGCGCGGCGGCCGGCGACGCGAACGGCGGCUGCGGCAGCGGUGCGGAGGAGGGCGGCAGCGUGGAGCGGCUGAGGCGCCGGCUCGCGGCCGAGAGGAGGCGGAGGGAGGCCGCGCUGGAGGAGCUGGAGAAGGAGAGGCGCGCGGCGGCGUCCGCGGCCGACGAGGCCAUGGCCAAGAUCGCGUGCCUCCGCAACGAGAAGGCGCUGGUGGAGCGCGAGGCGCGGCAGUUCCGGGAGAUGGCGCAGCAGAAGCAGAUGUACGACCGGCAGCAGAUCGAGUCGCUCCAGUGGGUGAUCCAGAGGUUCGGCAUGCCGUGCGGCGAGGCCGAGGUGUCCUCCGAGCGGGCCGUGUCGGAGACCAGCGAGGACGACAGAGACAGGAAGUAGCCCACUCCCUCCUUCCUUCUUGGUAGUAUACUCUAGUAUAGCUCGAUGAAACAGUAAUGGCGGCCGAAGCUGCUGUAGAUGCUGCUUGUCUAAAAGCUUUUGAUGGUUUCAUCAGCAUUCAGCAGCAAUGUAGGGGCCUCCGGGGUGCCCAAGUUUUGAAAUUUCGAUAGCUGGUGCUACUGGGAGAAUCCUCUGGUGGUUGUCAAAGCUCUGCUGAAGAUUAGCAGAGCUAAUGCACCUGUAAAUAUGUCAUCUUUCACAAGACCUUAAUAUAUGAUUAACAAUUGCACACAAUAUGCUUCAUA